AUGCAGAAACAUCUUGAGGCCCAUAUGGCAGCUGUAACUGUUGCUAUUUCUGCAAUCUGUGACAUCUCUGAAAUGGAGGACUCUCUUUUGAAGAAGGAAUUUGUAAGUGUAUUGGUGCGGGAUCCACAGCUUCACAAAGAAGAUUUCUGGCACACAUGUAUCGACUACGAGAUCUGUCUCCAUCUCAGAUUUUCCAGGGAUGCAACACAAAAGCAUUUUCACAAAAGGAUGCAACAGAAAUGCUGUAUUUUUCCAAAUCUAUUCCACAUGUUUAUGCUGUUUCUUUGUGUCCUUAGCCAGUUGCCAAAACUUCCUUCUGCUAACCUUUUCUUCAGCCUCAGCAACACAUUGCAGGUGGCCCAGCAUAUGGAGGGACUGCAGAGGUUUUUGGAAGCAGUGCUGAAGGUGCCCCUUCUGUUGUCGGACAGUCAUUUGCACUUGUUUCUGCAAUCCCAGCUGAGUAUUGACAAAAUCGAGGCAUGUGUGCAGGGCCAGACUAGUUACACUGUGGCUGACUCUAUCCAAUGCUAUGUAUAUGACACACACUUUCCUCUGGAGGAUAAGGGCAAAAGCCCCUGCAAUUCAGACUGUGAAAGCACCUCCUUUUCAGGCCUGGGCAUUAGCAUAGGCUCAGCUGCUCCUAUUGAAAUGUCCACCCAAAACGGGAGUCUUGACAACCAAUUCCUGGCCAUGGCACUAGACCCAGAGCCCUUCAGAUGUUCAUCUUCAUCUCCUGAGUGUCAGCAAGACACACACUUAUUAGUGGUGCUUGAAAAGCAUCACUAUUAUUAUUCCUCAUACUUAUUAUAGUUAGUGGUGCUUGCUAUGCAAAGUAUCACUAUUACUAUUUGAUGGACUUAUUAGUGGUGCUUGCUAUGCAAAGCAUCACUAUUACUAUUCCUCAUACUUAUUAAUAGUGGUACUUGCUACGCAAAGCGUCACUAUUACUAUUCGACAGACUUAUUAUAAGUGGUGCUUGAAAAGCAUCACUAUUAUUAUUCCUCAUACUUAUUAUAGUUAGUGGUGCUUGUUAUGCAAAGCAUCAAUAGAAUAGAAUAGAAUAGAAUAGAAUAGAAUAGAAUAGAAUAGAAUAGAAUAGAAUAGAAUAGAAUAGAUGUUUAUUGUCAUUGUACCAUGUUGCAUGUACAACGAAAUUUUAAAAAAUGUCAACCAGUCAAAAAGUGCAGCAGUCAUACAUGCAUUCAAACCUUCAACAAUUAAAAAAAAGUACUAAUUAGUAUAGAAAAAAAAAUAAAAUAAAUAAAUAGAUAUGGAAAUGGUAUACUAAAAUAAGUUAAGACAGCUCUUCCCACACACAAUCACAUUCAUCUUCUAUCUAUUGCACAUCUCAUGUAAACAGUGUUUUUUGAUUACUGAGUGCAGUUAUUCAGUUAUUCAUGAUAAUAAACUAGGCGCCACACAAAAACCCAUACAUCAAUUCAACACAUUUGAAGUUCUUUAUACUAACUUAAUGUAUGCAGCUACAAAUAAUAAGUUCACAGAGUCAGUUCCACUAAUUGUUAUUUACAGACCCCCAGGGCCAUACUCUGAAUUCCUCAGUGAAUUUGGAGAUUUUACUUCAAACCUUGUUGUUUCUUUAGACAAAGCAUUAAUAGUA